AUGUGUCCGCACUGCACGUGCCGGCUGCUCAAGGGCGGCCCCACGUGCCUGUGCCCGCUGGGCAAGCAGUGCAAGCAGGACGCGGUGGGGCGAUGGAAGGACGGCACGCGAUGCAGAGACACCAGACAGAACCAGUGUGAAGUGUCACGAGUGGUCAACGGUACAUACAUUGGCAACUGCAUCAACCCCGCCCAGGGUCCCAACGAGUGCAUCAGUGCAGGACCAGGGUGGGGUCCCAUUUUUGUGGGAAACAGGGCUCACAACAUCACCAAGACUGGUGACCUGUGCCAACGCUGUUCCUGCAUGAAAGGACAGUUUGUCAACUGCAAGCCUGUGCCCGGAUGUGCCAUGUGUGUUCCAAAGAGCCCAACCAACGUCGCACAGCAAUGCAGCCAGUGCUGCAGGAAGGCCACCACACCUGAGGGUGUUGAGUUAUGCGAAACGGCGUCCCUGACUCUUUCGGACACAGUAUCUGCAUCACCUGGAAUAGUGAUCUUCUAUAGCUCCUUGGACCAUCGUAGCAGGCAGCGGAAAGCGAUCAAGACAUCUUCAAUGAAGAUCCUCGCAUCUCUUCCACUGCUGCUGCUCCUCGCUUCAACUUCAGGGUCAUGGGUUGUCCGUGCAACUGGAGCUGCGUCAGGCCUACCUGACGGAUCCACGUGCUACUACGACAAGAACUACACCCCCAUGAAGCCCUUAUGCAAGCGAGACUUCGGGUGUUUGGUGACCAAGGUGGUGAAAAACUCACCGCAUUUCUUGUUUAAGGGAAAAUGUGCUUCCGACGUACCUCUGGAUCAGAUAAAUCAGAAGUACUGCAUGUUCCGCUCCGUCAUGUUCGCACCGGGUACCAGCGGCAUCACGGCUUCGACCAUCUGUCCGCGCUGCACGUGCCAGAAGCUCAAGUCCGGCCCCACUUGCGUGUGUCCGUUGGGAAAGCAGUGCAAGCAGGACGCGGUGGGGCGAUGGAAGGACGGCACGCGAUGCAAGGACACCAGACAGAACCAGUGUGAAGUAUCACGGUUUGUCAACGACACAUUUAUUGGCAACUGCAUCAACAGUGCUCAGGGUCCAAAUGAGUGCGUAAGUGCUGGACCAGGAUGGGGUCCAAUUUUUGUGAAGAACGGAGCUCACAACAUGAUCAAGACUGGCGACCUCUGCCAGCGCUGCUCCUGCAUCCAUGGGAAGUUUGUCAACUGCAAGCCUGUGCCUGGAUGCGUCAUGUGUGCACCCAAGACUUCAAGGAACAUCAAGCAGCAGUGCAGCCAAUGCUGCCAGAAGGCGACCACACCAGCAGCUGUUGAGUUCAGCAUGGCGACCGAGGGCGCAGACCGCAAGGAUCAAGACGAGGGUCAAGUGCACGUUCCCGAGGAGCGAGGGUGGAGUAAAUUUUGGGCGUACGUCGGCCCGGGAUUCCUCGUCGCCAUAGCCUACAUCGACCCGGCCAAUUUUGAGAGUGAUCUCAAGGCAGGAGCAGCUUACCAAUACUCGCUUCUUUGGGUUCUUCUACUGGCAUCGCUAGCGGGCCUCCUUAUACAGUCACUGUCCGCCAACCUUGGUAUAGUCACAGGCAAGCAUCUGGCGCAGCACUGCAGGGCGGAAUAUCCUCGAGGAGUCAACCUUGCGCUCUGGGUGAUUGCAGAGAUUGAGAUCAUCGCCAGCGACAUCCCAGAAGUGAUAGGAACGGCCUUUGCGCUCAACAUGUUGUUUGGCAUUCGCCUAUGGGCGGGGGUCAUUAUAACCGGCUUCAGCACGCUCCUCUUCCUCGGCCUCCAACGAUUCGGGAAUUCUCAAAAAGUACCUUCUUUCUCCCGCACACCCCACCAGGUGCGCAAUCUGGAGGUGUUUAUAGCGCUGCUGGUGAUGGUGAUAGCGUGCUGCUUCUUCAUUGAGAUGGGCCGCGCGCCAGUGGACGGCAUGGCCGUGCUGGAGGGCAUGUUUGUCCCGCGCAUACAGGACCUGGGGGCACUUGCAAUUGCCAUCUCGCUCAUCGGGGCUCUUGUCAUGCCGCACAACCUCUUCCUGCACUCGGCUCUCGUGCUCAGUCGCAAGCACCAGCGCACCGCUGCCGGCAUCAAGGACGGGUGCCUCUACUCCCUACUGGAGGUGGCAGCGGCGCUCAUCAUCAGCUUCGCCAUCAACGUCGCCGUCAUCUGCGUGGGCGGCGCGGUCUGCUCCGCGCCCAACCUCUCCGCGGACGUGCAGGCGAGCUGUGCUGACAUCAGCCUGAGCAACGCCUACUUCCUGCUGCACGACGUGCUCGGCGCCUGGGCCUCCACGCUCUUCGGCGUCGCCUUGUUAGCCUCGGGGCAGAGCUCCACCAUCACGGGGACGUACGCGGGGCAGUACGUGAUGUCGGGGUUCCUGGAGCUGCACCUCGCCUCGUGGCUGCGGAAUUUGCUCACGCGGCUGGUUGCGAUUGUGCCGUCACUGGUUGUGGCCAUUGUGGCUGGCGCUACCGGCGCUGGCAACCUCAUCAUUGCGUCCUCGAUCAUCCUGUCAUUCGGCCUGCCCUAUGCGCUCAUCCCUCUGCUCAAGUUCACCAGCAGUCCUGUCAAAAUGGGGCCCUUCACCAACCACCCCACGGUCACUGUAGCUGCUUACAUCAUCGGCACUGUAGUUAUCUUUGUUAAUUGCGUGCUCGUGGUGCAAGCCUGUGUGGAGUACCUGGUAUCAGACAGCAUUCCCAAGGGCGCCCAAAUCCCCCUCGGGAUUGCCAUAGCGGUCGUGCUUCUCAUAUACGUCGUCUCCCUCGCACUGCUGGCACGGCGGCCUGUAACGGAAGUUACAUACAUUUCGGCCAAUGAGGGAUCGAGCGCUGAGCUUGAUGCUUACAUGGGCUCUCCCCCUCAUGACUUCAGGCAGAGUGGGGGGGAUGGUGAUGAGGAUGAGAAGGGAGAGCGCCACGUGGCCGCGGCUGUCGCCGCGCGAAGGGGCUUAGUCCAUCGCGCGAUCCGAGUCAACGACGUCAUUGACGGCGCUUGUCGCGGCCAGUCGUACGAUGCGUUCAUCAGAUCCGUUCCAUCCCGGAGCAGCGAUCCUGAUCACACGCUCCUCACAUCGCUCCCGAUCCUUCCCUCCGCGGUCCGUUCGCACGAUCCUGGGUGUGACCAUACCGAAAGCACUCGUUUCGGGAACCAAUUCUUUAGCCGACUCUACUCCCUCGCUGCAAGCACAUCCGCCGGCGUUAGCGAGGGGCGCGAGGGGAGUGACAAUAGCGGGGGUAGGAUGAAGCGGGAGCACGACGCGCACGAGGCGGUGGUGUACGCGCGGAACAUCAACGAGUACAACGCCGCGGCGCUCGAGCUCUCGCGGUCGCGAAAGCCGUACCUGCUGCGCACGCUGUACGGCGACAUGCUGAUGGACGGCAUACAACCCAACUUCGUGACGUUCCACGCGGCCAUCACGGCGUGCAUGCGCGCCAACCGCCUGCACGACCUCGCCUUCUUCUUCCACCAGAUGCGCGCGCGCGGCAUCACGCCCGAUCGCUACAUGUUCAACUGCGUCAUGACGGCGUACAGCCGCACGGGCCACGCGGAGAAGGUGUUUCGAGUGGACUGGGACAUGCGCACUGCAGGGCGCCCGCCCAACAUCCGCACCUUCCACGCGCUGCUCACCGCCUGCACCACCGCCGGCCGCUUCGAUAAAGCCGCAGAGGUGCAGGAGCGUAUGAGGAAGGAGGGAGUGCCAAUGAACAAGUUCUGCUACGCGGCACUCAUUGCAAUGCACCAGAGGAUUCGCCCCUCCUCGCCCCGCAUCACCGCCAAGAUAUUUUCUCUGCUGGAAGAAUCCAUGGCAGCACCCACCUACAGCCCUGAAUCCCAUUCCACUCCCACCAAAACCACCACCACUGCCACCGCCACCACCACUGCCAGCCCUGAAACCACUGCCAGCACCCGCAGCACCACUGACCCCACCACUGGUCACCCGGAUGAAUCAACCCCUGGAACCGCUGCUGAUUCCACUACUGAUGGCGCCGCUGUCUCAGGUUCCAGCAGCAGCGCCGGUGCAGCGUCGGCGUCAGAUGCACAGGCAGAGAGGGAGGAGAUGAGUGAGAUGAGUGAGAUGGCAGAGCAGAUGGUAUUGGCUGAGCAGGAGGGCGGGGAUGCGAUGGGCAUGGAUGACACGGAUGAAUACGGCGGGCGGGAAGAGGGGGCGGGAGGAGGGGCGGGAGGAGGAGGAGGAGGAGGCGGGCUGAUCUAUGCAAAUGCGGAUCUCGUGGUGCAUCGUGCUGCGCUUAGGGCGUUUCUGGAUGCACAUCAGCUGCAGGCAGCAUUCCGUCUGGUGCGGAUGAUAGAGGAGAGCGGCACUGUCCCGGAUGCUGCACUGCAGACUCUCCUCUUCAGGGUGCAGCUACAGGCGGGCAACGAGGCAGAGGCGCUGAAUCUCGCGGACCUCUAUUACGGCCCCAACGCGCGCCCCUACAUCGAUCAGUUCGUGCAAGCCAUCUCGUACAGUCUGAGGGAGCUGCGCCCCAUUGGGAUGAACGUCGCCCUGCGACUGCUGGAUCUGUUUUUCAACCACGGCUUCUACUUCACGCGCAAGCAGGGCAGCCAGCUGCUGCAGGAGGCGCUCACCAGCGAUAGGCGCAGCAUGUUGGCAGCAGAGAGGCUGUUUGACCACGUGGUGAAGAAGCACCAAGCUCCCGAGUUUGAUGCUGUGCUGGACUUCAUGCGCGCCCUACGGCGCCGGCAAACGCCGAAGACCGAUCGGCGGUGGUUGUUGGUCCAAGAUCUGAUCAAGCGGCGGCGAAACAUCAGAGGGAUGUGGAUGAAGGGCCUUGAGGGCAUGGCCGGUCGCGGAAUCGCACUCACUAAGCCGGCAUGGAUGAAGGAGCAGGAGGAGAAGGCUAAAGCAGAAGCGGCCCGAGCAGCAGCCAUCGCCGCCUCCAAGGCCGGCGCAGCAGGCGGAGGCGACGACACCGACAGCAGCGACGAAGAGGAGGAGGACGAAGCGACUCGACUUGCGAAGAAACCCAUCGGGCCCGUCUGCCCCGCCAAGUGCUCCGCCGCGGGAUCCGGCGUCGGGGGCGGAUCGGCGGGCGCGCCGGUGUCGUUCGUUAUAGUCCUUAAAGACGAGGACGGGCGGCGGAUCUUAGCGGGCGGCGCGAAGGUGACGGUGAAGGUGACGCCUAAGGCGGGCGUGCCUGGCCAGGAGCAGAUCGCAGCGAUUAAGGACCACGGCGACGGGUCGUACACGGCGACUUACACCGUACAGCACCGAGGAGAUUACACGGUCAACGCGGAAGUCAACGGCAGUCCCAUCAUGGGCAGCCCGUUCCCGGUUUUCUUCAGCGCCGCUACAGCCGGUCAACCGGCGUCAACGCCUCUUCCGGUGGCGGUCAACGCGGCGCCGCCGCUGAUGCCGACGCCGGCGCUUCCGACUCCGCAACUUCCGACGCCGCCGAUGCCGACUCCGGGCAUGCCGAAUCCGCUGAUGGCGGCGGCGCUGCAGUUCCGCGGGCUGCUUCCGACCAUGGGCGGAAUGCCCUUCACCAGCCCGUACCCCGGCAUGGCGGGCGGCGUGCUUCCCGGAACGGGUAAGAUUGAGAUGGAGGAUUUUCGCUUCGCUGCAGGAGGUUUGACGAACAUGCCACUUGCGCCAUCCGCGGCGGCGAUGGCGGCGGCGCAGAGCAUCAUGGCGGUGCAGGCGAUGCAGGCGCAGGCGCAGGCGCAAGCACAGGCGCAGGCUCAGGCGCAAGCGCAAGCUCAAGCGCACGCGCAAGUGCAGGCGCAGGCGCAGGCCCAGGCACAGGCGCAAGCGGCGGCGGCGGCUGCGGCGAUUCAACAGCAGAAGCUGCUGCAGCAGAAGAGCGAAUACGUUGAGGACUACUAUUCGGCGAUGGACGACGACGAACUGGAGCGAACGAUGCACGUCACCAACGUAAGCUCCAUUCUCACGCCCGAGCAGCUUCGCCAGCUCUUCGCCUUCUGCGGCACGGUUACCCGCUGCGAGUUCCUCAACGACAAGAAAACCGUCGCACACGUGCGCUUCGCGAAAGCCGACGAGGCGAAAGCGGCGCUCGCGCUGAACAACAUGGCGGUCGGCGACAAGCAACUCAAAGUCGAGCUCGCGAAAACCGCGAAAGCCACUCGACAGGCCGUCCUCUCCGCUCUCGCUCCGCCCGCCCCCGCCCCCGCGCCCACCCCCGCGCCCGCCGCCCCCGCUCCCGCCGCGCCUGCGACGGCCGCUGCGACGUCGCAGAUGGCGAUGCAGCAGGCCGUCGCAAUGCCGUUCAUGCAGUUCCAACAGGCGCUCGCGAUGCAGCAGGCGCUGGCGCAGCAGGUGCGCAGCUCGGAAGCCAAGACCAAGGCGGAGCUUGCCGCCAAGCGCGCCAAAGAGAUCAGCCGCGCGAUUGCGGCGGGCGGCGCGGGGAAGGACGACGGGAAGGACAAGGACGGGAAGGACGGGGACGGGAAGGGGAAGGACGGGAGCGGGUCCGACAGGAAGAAAGGUCGCGCGCGGGACGAGCGGGAUUCGGAAGAGGAGAGUGAGGAGAGAGAGGAGGCCAGGCGGAAGGAAUCUGCGAGGAAGGCGCGGGGUAGGGGCGCGAGGGAUGAGAGUGAGGAUGAGGAGGAGGAAGAUGAGGAGGAGGAGAGGGGGAAGGGGAGGGGUGGGCGGAAGGAGGCGGAGCGGCGGGAGAAGGAGCUGCGAGAGAAGCUGCUUCGGGACAAGCUGGAGAGGCAGAGGCGCGAGGCGGAGAGGCGGAGAGGCGCGAAGGAAGACGAAGAGGAAGAGGAGGACGAGGAUGAGGAGAGGAAGGAGAAGAAGGUCGAGCGGGACGAGGAGGAAGAGAGUGACCGUUCGGAUGGGGAAGGUCGGCGGGGUAAAAAGGAGGAGGAAGAGGAGGAUAGUGAUCGUUCCGAAGGGGAGGGAGAGAGGGUGAAGAAGAAAAGAGUGGAGGAGGACGAAGAGGAGGAGGAGAGGCGCAGUGGGAGCGAGGAGAGGCGUGAGGGAAGUGAAAAAGAGGAUGAGGAAAGCGAGGAGAAGGAGAAGGUUGCAGCGAGGUCACAGCGUUCAGGGAGUGAGGAGAGUGAUAAGGGUAAGGGUAGUGAGGGUGGGGGAGAGAGUGAGGGUGAAGGAGAGAGGGUCAAGGCGAUGGAGGUUGAUGAGGAGGAGAAGGGAAAGGGGAGGGAUGAGAGUGAAGAGGAGAAGGAAAGGGAGAAAGAAAGGGAUGAGAGCGAAGAUGAACAGGAAGUUGAGAGGAAGAAGGGCGUUGAUGAGAGCGAGGAAGAGAAGGAGAAAGAGAAGGAGAAGGAGAAAGAGGAUGAGAGGGAGAAAGAGAAGGAGAAGGAGAGGGAUGAGAGUGAAGAGGAGAAGGUGAUUGAGAAUGGGAGCAAAGGAGUAUCAGAGGAUGAAGCAGCAAGGAAGAAGGGAGGCGAGGAGGAGGAGGAGGAGGUUGAGGAGGAGAAGGAGAGGAGGAGCAGGAGGAAGGAGAGUGAGCGGCACAAGGAGAAGAAGAGGAAGCACCGCCGGAGGAAGAACCGGGAUGAUGACGAGGAGAGUGAUGAGGACGAGGAGGAGCGGCGUCACCGGCGCAGCAGGAGGAGUAAGAAGAGCCACAAGCGGAGGCGCAGCCACCGUGACGAAGAGGAGGACGAUGAGGAAGGGGGAAAGAAGUCGUCUGAUGAGGAGGAGAGGGAUGAUAAGGACAGAAAGGAGGGCAGUCGUGGGGGAAGGCGGAAGGAGAGAGGGUCUGAUGAUGAGGAGGAGGAGGAGAAGGGUGGAAGGCGGAGCAGCAGGAAGAGGUCUGGGCGAGACGAGUCCGAUGAGGAGAAGGGGCGAUCUUCUAGGGAUAAGAAGCACCACAGCCGCAGCCACCGCUCCAGGCGUCGCUCGCCUUCCGUCUCUCCUGCCCGUGGCAAGGACAGUCGUCGCCCGGCCUCCAAUGACGACUCUCCUUCUCGCAGCGACUGA